GCCACUUACUGUGUGCGGACAGCGGCAGUCCCCAGCCCUCUCUUCUCAGCCAUGGAGGCCGAGCCCGCGCUGUACCCCGUGGCUGGAGCCUCCGGCUUCUCCGCGGACGAGCCCGGAGCUGCGCUUCCCGACGGGGUCCUUCCGGACGGGCCGAGGUACUGGGGGCAGCCUCUGGACGAGUUUGUGGGGGCCUAUCCGGACUACAAUGAAGAGGAAGAGGAGCGCAGAUACUAUCGGAGAAUGAGGACUGGGUUGAUCAAGAACGUGGUGAUCGCUAGCAUUGGGGGGAUGCUCACCUACAGUGUGUACUUGGGCCUCCUACAGAUGCAAAUGAUCCUCCACUAUGACGAGACCUACCGAGAGGUGAAAUACGGCAGCAUGGGCCUCCCCAACAUCGACAGCAAGCUGCUGAUGGGCAUCAACGUGACCCCUGUGGUGGCCCUGCUCUACACACCGGUGCUCAUCAGGUUUUUUGGUACCAAGUGGAUGAUGUUCUUGGCUGUGGGCAUCUAUGCCCUCUUUGUUUCCACCAACUACUGGGAGCGCUAUUACACAUUGGUGCCCUCCUCGGUUGCCUUGGGCGUGGCCAUCGUGCCCCUGUGGGCCUCCAUGGGCAACUACAUCACCCGGAUGUCGCAGAAAUACUACGAGUCUGUAAACUACAAGGAGGAGCAUGUGCAGGAGCAGAGGCGGCCCCCACGGGGGGCCCACACCCCCUAUCUUGUUGUCUUCCACACCAUCUUCUAUAGCUUCUUCCAUCUCAGUUUUGCCUGUGCCCAGGGGCCGAUGAUCUUCUUCCUCAACAGGUACUUGUAUGAUCGGAAUCAUACCCUCUAUUCACGUGCAAAAACUGCGGGAGAUUCGGGACCAGCCCCAAAGCCUCUGUUUGUCCUGGUCCAUGAAGGGCAGAGCCUUAGUGGAAUCGAGGUUGGGGCUCCGUGGGUGUCUCAGCAGCACUUUCUACGGGGGUCCCAAUUGCUGAGCCCCGAGGGCCGUGUGCUCCAGGCUGGGAUCUCGGACUGGAUCCUAACAGCAGCCGUGGACCGUGAACGCACCAACAGCCAAGGGAUCCUUGUUGGCUUCACAAGACUGUGCUCCAGAAACUGCCCCCACAGCCAAAACCUCAUUGUGGUUGAGAGCGUGCUCAUGGCGGUGGCUUUAUGGCAUGCUUCUGGCCCCCAGGCUCCCCAGGCUGGAUUGCUAGGCAUCCUGAGCAUAAAAGUCCACCAGGAUGAGGUCCCUGACAUGAGCCCCCUCUCCAGGCAGGCCUUCCCUUCCUUUCUAGGCUGUGGUUCUGAGACUUCCUUCCUGCCAGGACUCUCCUGCCCUCCCCCUCCUGCUCACUGUGCCAAAGCGAAUCAGGGGCUCCUGUCUCUAAUCCUGACCCUGUGUGGCUCUGCCUACCGGCCCAUGGAGGAGAUCGAUCUUCGCAGCGUGGGCUGGGGAAAAUCCUUCCAGCUCCCUUUCAAGCACAUGCGUGACUACAGACUGCGCCACCUCUUCCCCCCUUCUUCAUCUAUAGCGGGUUUCGAGGUGCUCUUUGUCUGCACUGGCUUCACUCUGGUAUCCAGGGCAUACGGUGUGUGCUCCAUGGGGCUGGAGUAUCUGGCUCCCAUCCUUAUGGCCUACGGCUUUGGUGCUGCCAUCUUCUCCAGCCUCGGGCUCCUUCAGCUGUGGCUACCCCGACAGGUGCCCCUGGUGGCUGGGGCUACCGUGCACCUGAUGCUCAUCCUUGUCUUCUUUUUCUGGGCCCCCUCACCCGCAAGGCUCAGCCACAGCUGGGGUCUUCUAUGUGGGUGGCCUUCGCUCUGGGGGACGGGCAGUGCCCUCAACAAGAUUGCAAUAAGUAGUAACCCUCUUGGGAUUCUGUAUGAAGAUAAGGAACGGCAGGAUUACAUUUUUAAUUAUCACUGGUUCCAGGCCCUUGCCAUCUUUGCAGUCUACUAGGCUCCAAACCUGCCCAUGAAGGCCAAGCUGGCCAUCUUGCUGCUGACUAUCUGUUGUCCGUGGUCUCCUACCUGUGGAUGGAGUCCAAAGCUCAAGCAACGUGUAGUCUACCGCCUGCCCCGCAUUCCUCGGCCCCAGCACAAGGUGUGCGGCUACCGUUACCUGGAUGACAACUCCGACGAGCCGGGCUCAGAAAAUGAGCAGACUCAGCCCAUAGCCGAGACGGCUCAGACAAUGAGGAUGGUGACAGGGAGCCUCCAAGAGCAGGGGCGCUGGGCCCCUGCCAGAAGGCGCUACCCUUAUGAGCAGGCCCUGGAUGGGGAAGACAGGGCCCUGGGCAGGAGUAGGUGUCAGCAGACUCUUCCUAAGCCUAUGCUCCCUCUGCCCCCAGGCCCCUUGAUGCCCCUUCCCCCCAGCCCCACCUCAGGCACCCAGAGCAGCAUCACAUUCCAGUGAUUUAACCAUUUUAGUUCUUGGCACACCUGAAGUAAGCCCUCUCCUCUCUGGACUCACUUGGCCCCAUCUCUGAAAUGGGCAGCCUCUCAGAGGAACCUGAUAACCUGUCCAAGUUGUCAGCAUCUCAGUGUGGUUUGGCAAAACCACACUAACCAGAUCCCCAAUUAACCAACAACCCAAUUAACUGGAAUUCAUUUGGGGAAAGGGGGUCAGCACAAGGAUGAAGAGACAAGCAGCCAGCUAGGAACUUCCAGGUCGUGGCCUGAGCUUGGUCCAAACUUGGGUCCAGCCUCAUCCCUGGCGCAUGAUUGCUGAUGUUCACGGCAACAGCCCUGAAUGGAGCCCAUUCUGACUUAGGCAGGAAAGGGCACCUGAGGCUCCUUGCAUUGACAUUGGGCUCAUGGGGAGCUGGGGAAGCGGCCCCUCGUGACCCCAGAGCUUGGACUCCCCACAGCCUUCUCAUCCUCGAGGUUAGUGUGAGUUCUCCCUCCCGUCCUGCUGCCUUUGGGAUUCCCCUGGUGGAAAAUGGGUCUCACCCAUAGGGUCCGGUUAUCUGCUUUUUAAGAAUUGCUAAUUUUUAAAUCAGUGGCCUCCGUCUGAGGCCUCUAUCUCCGGCUACCCGUGUGAGGCUAGGGGGGACCUGGAGGGGGAAGGGAUAUGGUCACUUGGUGUGAGCAGGGACACAGAUCUGGGUGAAGAUGGAGGGGCACUCGGGGGGCGUGCAGUCUGGGCAGUUCAGUGCCAAGAGGCAGUGUGGCCUAGGGACGAGGAUGCAGGACAGAGCAUCAAAAGUCCCCGCUCUGCCGGCUCUAUGACCUUGGACAACCAACCGAUCCAUCCCAUUUGUUAAGCCCCUACCACCUGCAAAAGACAGCCCCGGUCCUCGAGGAGCCACAAUCUAAGGCAAAACCUCUCCCUUCCUGGCACCUGGAUUCCCCGUCUGAACAACUGAGGGGGUUUGACUAGAUGGCUAAAGGUCCCUUCAGGUCCCCAAAUCUGGUGGUCCUUGGUGGGUGCAGAAAUCAACAAAUUGAUUGCUGCCCCCUUGUGGCAGCCAGUAAGCAUUGCGCUGCCGGGCCUUUUAGAAAAAUCACAG